AUGAGUGAUAUGCCAACAACUCCGUUACGCGUCUCGAGGGAGCCAAGUUUAAUCCCAUCACCAACUGGAAAUACUAAACUAUUGAUACCAAGUAAUACGCAGCAGAAACGGCGCUAUACUAGUUCUCCACCUUCGAAGCUGUAUUCAAAUUUAAAUUUUCUAGCUGAGAAAAGAAGUACUAUUCAUUCACGAGUUCCACAAAAUGAUCAGAACAAUAAUAAUAAUAAUAAUAAUAAUAAUUCAGCCAAUUUAACUAAAUUUUACAAAAGCAAUGUAUUGGAAUUAAAUGAGUUACAAGAGACAUUAUAUAAGAAGAAAUCUAUCCUGGAUGCUAGAAAUGAUGAAUAUGAAACUUAUAAAUUAGAGCAACAGGAGAUUCAAAUCAAAUGGGAUAAAAUAGUAGCAGAGAAAAGGAAAAUCGAGAAUGAAUUAAAACUGAAACAAAAUGAGUUAAAGAGGUGCGAGAACAAUAACAUUGAAAAGAAACAAAUCUUGGAGAGGGGUCACACUUUACAUUUGAAGGAACUCGAGGCUAAGAAUCAGAGCGAAUUGAAUAAAUUGAGAAAUGAAUAUGAUAUGAAAAUUGAAAAACUUAAACAAGAUAGGAUUAAAGAAUUUGAAAGGAGGCGAUCAGAUCUUUUAAAUGAAGUGGAAGGGAAAAGGAAUAAAAUACUAAUGAAUGAUUCCAUAUUGGCAGACCUCAAACAAGAACUAGACAAUAAAUAUCUAUACUUAAGAGAGGAAUGGUUAGAAAAAUACCAACAAUCAUGGACAGAAGAACUUGAUAAAAGAACAAAGAUGACGCAAGAUAUAGAAAAUUUUGAACAGGACUUACAGAGUGAUAUAUACCCCAAAAUCAAUGUCUUAACUACGCGAUUAAAUGAUGCAAAAUCAAAAUAUGAAGAGCUUCAAAAGAUUUUGCAAGAACGAAGUUGUGAAACAAAGGAUCUUGUUAGUAAGAUAGCUGAAAAGACAGACCAGAUCGAACAAGCUAAGAAUUCAUCCAAAGGUUUGGUUAAAAAAAUUGAUGACAUUAAGAAUAAGUUAGUUUUGGUAAAUAAUGAAUUGAUAAAAGAGGAAACGAUUAGGAGAACCCUUCAUAAUAAAUUACAAGAAUUGAGAGGCAAUAUCAGAGUCUAUUGUAGGAUAAGACCGGUCCUUCAUAGAGAAAGCCAAGAUACUAAUCAUCUCAAAGUUGCAUAUUUUGACGACACCAAUGGUACUCAAGAGAUUGAUGUAACAAAACAUAAUGUUCACACCAAUUCAACUACACCUCAAACUUUCCAUUUCAAAUUUGAUAAAAUUUUCAAUACUAAAGAUAGCAAUAGUGAUGUGUUUAAUGAAGUCGGACAAUUGGUUCAAAGUGCCUUAGAUGGUUAUAAUGUUUGUAUAUUUGCUUAUGGUCAAACGGGUUCUGGUAAAACGUAUACAAUGUUGAACCCACAGGAUGGGAUAAUACCUCUGACAAUUGUUCAUAUUUUUGAUUGGACCGAAAGUCUAAAAGAAAGAGGUUGGAAGUAUUCGAUUACUUGUCAAUUUAUUGAAAUUUAUAAUGACAAUAUUGUUGAUUUAUUACGUAAUGUUGAUUCCAGUGAUGACACAGAACAAACUAAACAUGACAUUAGACAUAAUAUGGAAACGCAUAGAACUACUAUUACAAAUAUCACAACUUGUGAACUGGAUUGUGAGACUACAGUAAACUCAGUACUUAAGAAAGCAAGUAAAUUAAGAAGUACCGCCAGUACAAAAUCGAAUGAACAUUCCUCCCGUUCCCAUAGUAUAUUUAUUGUUCAUUUAGCAGGUGAAAACUCAAACACAGGGGAACGGUCCGAGGGUACAUUGAAUUUGAUUGAUUUAGCAGGUUCGGAAAGGAUCAAUGUUGCACAUGUUGAUGGUGAGAGAUUAAGAGAGACACAGCAUAUUAACAAAUCCUUAAGUUGUCUUGGUGAUGUUAUUCAUGCUCUAAAUGAUAGCUCUGUUAAUAAGAGACACAUUCCAUUUAGAAAUUCCAAACUAACAUAUUUACUACAAAAUUCGUUAACGGGUAACUCGAAGACUCUAAUGUUUGUGAACAUUUCAUCUGCGUCUAACCAUGUCAACGAAACGUUGAACUCUCUGAGAUUCGCUUCGAAGGUUAAUAGCACUAAAAUGCAGAAAAAUACUUAA